AUGUUUCGAGUUCUGCUGCUAAUUUUCUGUCUUUCACAGCUUCUUUUAGCUUAUUCUGAUUCGAACACCUACCUUCAAUUCGUUGUACCACAUGGACAGGUUCCGAACUGAUUUCUGUGUAAAUGAAGAGUUGAUGAACUAUUCAGAAAUUUUGCUUCUUCCUUUCAUUCGACAAGAGAAACUACGCCAGCAUGGACAUCGAAGUUCAGGUUUUCCUUAUAUUUCUGGGUUUUGUAUCUUGAAAAUAUAAAUUUGAGGUUAAAAACGGAUUCGAGCAAGAAAUCGACUUUUACGUCGUUGAUCCGACCGGCGAGGAAAUCUUCCGCGGCCCGCGUAGUAGCAAAAUCCGACAAACGUAUAGUCCAUGUUUCUCGACUUGAAAGGCGAGGGAGGAGGGGGAAGGGGGCGGGACACGUAGCGUGUGCGUAAGCGGUUCUUGGCACGUGUUCAAUUCAACCGCCAUUGACUCUUUGAAAAAAACCCGUUUUUUUCGCUCUUUUUCAUUCCUUUUUUUCAAUUAUUUAUUGAUUAUGUUCAUGUGUGCAUCAAAAAAUAGUAGAAAACAUUGAAAAAGAGCGGUUGCCGAGCUUUUUAAAUAGUCGGCGGCGCUUGAAUUGAACUCGUGCCAAGAACCGCGUACGCACACGCUACGCGUCCCGCCCCUUGCUCCGCCUCCCUCGCCUUUCAAGUUGGGAAACAUUGACUAUAUUUCUUUUCCUUUUGAAAUACAGAUAGGCAAAUUCGGAAAAGUCGAAAAAGGCUCCAUAUAAAUUUUCCUUUUAUUAUUCCUUUCUUAGGAAAUUCGAAGUGGUCCGUAUAGGAGGAAAAAACGGUAGGGGCCGAAAAAUCGGUUCCUAUAGAAAUAAAAUUUGGAUGGUUUCUAUAGGGGUUUAGGAUCUGACCUUUUAGCCCCUAAAAUUCAAAUGUUCCCUAUACCAGUUUGGGGUAAAAAAGCUCAAAAAGUGACCCCUAUAGGGUCUGAUCUUUUAGUCCUAAAUCGAUUAGCACGUCCCCUAUAGAGGCCUCUGACUAAAAUCUCUAGAGGGACCACUUCUGCAAGCUUUAGAAGCCCUUUCGGGGGUUGGUUAAGUAGUCCCUAGAUGACCUUCCAAGGUUCUUUUUAGCAGUCGUUCCGACUUUGUUCGAGUAGAAAGAAAGUUUUAAGAGUUAACAAAGUUAAAAGAGCGAUUUUUAUGAACUUAUCAUCUACCAAUAUCUACAAUAACUUCCAGAAUUCCAUACGGACAAGGAAAAGUAAUGGUAAAAGGCGAUUACCAACUGUGCGCCGACAAUAUUUUCAGCUACUAUUCUAACAAGGAGGUGAGGGAAUUAUAAAAAUUUAGUGUUAUUUGAAGCUGAUGUGGUGAUUCAGUGUUAAUUUAAGGCCGAAAAAAGUUACAAUAAAAAACAGAUUUUUUGCGCCUUUGUCCUAAAAGACGGAAAAAAGGUUUUGAAGCGAAGUUUAAUCUAAAUUGGUAUACGGUAUUCUUGACAGAAAAAAAAAACUUGACAAUCUGGGGCCGAAUGGAACAUAGUUAAGUGGGAAAAUAUAGCAUAAAAACUCAUGCCAAAGCUUUUUCGUGGACUUUUACAAUUAAUUCGACAGUUUUCGCCUGUCUGCGUCUCUCUGUUCCCUCAGCGACGAGGUCAGAGAAACAUGGAAAUAGCACGUAAACAUGAGAGAGGCAACGAGAGAUAAGGAGGGCGCAGAGAAGUCGCGAAAAACGGACUAAAUGACCAAUUUUCAGGUCGUAGUAGACGUUCGCUUUUUGGAUUCACACGGAUCGAUGGUCGUGGAGGAUGAUAAUCCCGAAAACAUGAUCAAAAGAGAAAUUGACGCCAGAAGAACCGUUGGUGUCAUUCCGGUGCUUUGAAUUUCGAAAUUCAGUUGUUAAUUUUUGUUUUUCAGCAACGGCUCAACUCUUUGUUCGUCAAGUUGAGCGAAUCGUACGAUUUGCUGCACAAACUCCGAGCAAUUUACUUUUGGGUAAUUGUUAUAGUCUGUGUGCCACGACUUGGAAGUUCCCCAAACGACAUUCCGCUGUGCCGCUGCGCGCCUUUGCAAACCUUGGUCGCGAUUUAAUUUAAUUUUUCUUUUAUUAGGUACUCUACUUACCUGUGCUCCCACAGCAAUAAAAAUCCAUUCAACGUGUGACCUAGAUUCAAAAACAGCUUCGCGAACGCACGCAGUGGAACAGAGGAAUGUCGUUCGGUGAAAUUUCAAGUCGUGACACACAUACUAUAAAAAGAAUAUUUUUUUGGUCAAUUUUUUUGUCGAAAGCUUUGAAUUUUUCAUGAAUUCUUUCGAUUUCAUCAAUUUCCAUGUUUUUUUGGUGUCUUUCAAUUCAGAAUAAUGUUCUUUCAAUUAUUAUCAACGCAAUUGGAAAAGACUCAAUAAAAAAGCCUUUUCGAGCAAAAAAUCCAAGGAGCUUUAAAAAUUCAUACCGUUCUACAGUUUCUUCCUAUUUUUUGAGAGCUUUUCGAUCAAAAAAAAUAUGCUUUGAGGCUUUAAAAAAUCACAACUUUCUCCAAAUUCGAUCAACUCCAAUUUUUCGGGUUUAUCAUCAUUAUAAGAAAACGAAAAUCUUCAUAAAAGCGCAAAAAAAAAAAGCAUCUUACACAAUUUCCCAUUUCGCAGCCUUUUUGCACCAUUUCAUUGACCUCUGUACACCAAUUUUGCUGCCUCCCCCUUUUCCACCAUUCUUGCAACCUAGAAAAAAUGGGUGGCUUGAUAAAGGGACUCUUUUUUUGGCUUUUCCGCGGCCUUUUUUGAGCCUCUCCCUCUUAGUGGUCAUUUCGACUUUGCUGUAGAAAGAAAGUUCAAAAUUUGAAACUUUUUUGGAUUGACAUAUUUUAAAACUUGGAAAAUUGUUUUCUUCGCAGAGCCGAGAACAAGCCGAGGAAAACUUUGAGCAGAUCAACUUUUGGGGUGUCAUCAACACUUUCGUCAUGAUUUUCGCCGCGCUUGCACAGGUGAAAUUGAGCCACCGUAAUAUUUGAAUAAUUAUCAUCUACAUUUUAGGUCUACCUGGUCCGCUCGCUUCUCACCUACGAGUCCAAAAUUGGCCGAUACCUUCGCUCGCCCAGAUUCUAG